CCGUAACUAAAGCUUUGCAAACAACAAUUAUGGCACAAGGCGUAGAUUCAAAAUUUUAAAUGUUUCAACUCUACAAAUUUCAAGUUAAAAAUUACAUUCUAUUCAUUAGCUAUUUGCAAUUCAUUUCACAAUGAUGGUACGACGUCGCGGCAUGGGAGCUGGCCUGAGCGCCUUCCAGCAACCACCGCCUCAGCAGCAUCCAGUUCAGCAGCAGAUGGGCCACCUUAACAUGUCCUGGCUGAGCGGUGCAACGCCCCAAUGGACGCCGCGUCGCGACACGUUCGUCUCGAACGUGUGCAACAAAAUGGUGGGCGCUGUGCCACGCAUGCCGAAGCUACGCGCGCCCGAGCCGAGCAGCCGUAAGCUAAGCCGCCUGCGGCGAAAUCUAAUGAACAUUUCGCCGCAAUUCACAAGCACAGCGAAUUGGCAGCAGCCUGUGCAGCGAGCACAGCCCAAGCUGUGGUACAGCUCGAAUACGCACAUUCAGCCGAAUUCGCCGCUGUGGUCGCAUUCGAUUAUGACGGCCUAUGCGAAGGGACAGCAGCAAACAAUUAACGAUAUAUCGGUGCAGCUGAAGCAACAGCUGCGCCAGCUCAGGCAGCAAUGCCUGCGUAAUCAACAGCAGCAGCAGCAACAACAGCAGCGGCAGCUACAUAAGCAGCAGCAACAGCAGCAGCAACAGCGACAGCAACAACAACAGCAUCAGCAACAGCGCCAACAGCAGCAGCGACAGCAGCACCAUAAGCAUUUUAAGCCUAGUUUUGUGCCGUUCAAUUUUGGCAAAUGCGCAAAUAAUUUAAUCAGCUGUCUGGAGAGCAAUGCCGCUUUUGCGCACAAGCAAGCGGCAAACUUAAAUGCUAUGCAGCAGCAGCAACAGCAUCAACAGCCGCAACAGCAGCAACAGCAGCAACAACAUAUGCAGCAACAACAUAUGCAGCAACAGCCUCCCCAGCUGCCCCCGCAGGAUGCCUACAGUUUUACGGAUGGCUUUAACUAUGUGAAGCUGGCCAAGCAUAUGGCCAAAAAGAUUAUGGAAUCACCGGAGAUCGCGCCCAAAUCGCCGGUCGCCAGCAAAUCGAAUCCGAGUUCAAAGACGACAAGCUAACGGUCAAUCAAGGCCAAGAUAUCGAUGCGAAUCUGAAGUAUAUAACUGAGCGGCUGUUGGCUGAUUUGUCGGAGAUCUUGAAGGGCAAG